AUGCCCGCUCCCUCGCAUGAGAGCCAGAACUACCACCCAGACUGCGAGGCCGGCGUCAACGGUCAAAUCAACCUGCAGAUCUACGCCUCCUAUGUGUACCUGUCCAUGGCCUUGUACUUCGACAGGGACGACGUGGCCUUGAAGCGCUUCUCCCACUUCUUCCUGCGCUGCUCUCACAAGCAUAAGGAGCAGAUCGAGGGCCUGAUGCACCUGCAGAACCGUUGCGGGGGCCGCUUCUGUCUCCGAGACCUCAGAAAGCCUGACCGCACUAACUGGGAGAGCGGCCUUCAGGCCAUGCAGAGCGCCCUGCACCUAGAGAAGAGCGUCAACCAGAGCCUGCUCGACCUGCACCAGCUGGCCACUGACAAGAACGACCCUCACCUGUGCCACUUCCUGAAGACCCGCCACCUGGGCCAGCAGGUUGAGUUCAUCAAGGAGCUGGGGGACCAUGUCAGCAACCUGCAGAAGAUGGGGGCGCCGGAAGUCAGCAUGGCAGAGUACCUCUUUGACAAGCUCACCCUGGGUGACGGUGACAAAGAGGACUGA